AUGGUGGCCACACGAUCAUCCUCGGCGGCCAGUACGCCCAACAAGGCCGCUGCCACUUCGUCCCCCAAGCCGCAGUCGUCCGCAUCCUCUUCUGCGACCGGGUAUGAGCCCGCUCCACGAUCGACCUCGUACGAGUUUGGCGGCCCGAUCGGCGCGUUGGGCGUCACCGUCGCCGUACCCUUUUUCGCCUAUUGUCAGUAUGCAGUGUACUCUGAGAUCCCCAACACGGGUCCGUCCCACAUCCCCCAACUCACACCCCGUUGAGCCCACGCUGCGCACAUCCAACAGGGCUCACGCUCGCGUGCACGGCUCAGCAAUGUCCGCCGUGGCCGAUGUCCCACUUCCUCGACUUCCACGGCCAACGUUUCCAACGGAUGACGACCUUGCACUUCUACCGCGACCUUUUCUCCAAGGAGGCCUCGAUCGCGUACGCGCUGUGGUACCUCUGGACCGUCGUCUGUUGGGCCGUCCUCCCCGGAGAUCAGGUGCAAGGUGUCGAGUUGAGGGAUGGCUCGCGUCUGACUUAUACCAUGAACGGUACGUGACCCGCUUUGCUGGGGCGGGUAAUGGGCGACUGAACUCCGCAUGAUGAUCCCCACCAGCGUUCGCUACGAUGGUCCUCACCCUUGUCCUGAUUGCGACGGUCACCUACACCCAGGGCCUCAAGCCCUUGCUCUUCAUCGUCGAGAACUACGUUCAGCUCAUUUCGGCCGCCAUCCUCAUGAGCGUCGCGCAGGUGAGAGCCAAGACCAGCUGUGCGUGUUGGGUCAGCAACAGGAUACCACACUGAUGCUUUGCCCUUUCCCUCCCAGGCCCUCUUCGUCCACGUGCAAUCGCACCAAAAGGAAGUCUCCGAGACGCUCGGCGCUCCCCGAGGAUACCUCCAACAACCCAUGCUCGCCCUCGGCGGCAACACCGACAGUGGGCUUUACAACGUCAGUAGCAUUUCGUAACCUCCGCGUUGAGUUACGGACCAAAGUCUGACAAAUACUAUUCUCCCCUCUCAGUGGUUCAUCGGCCGAGGCCUCAACCCCCGCAUCGGUUCCUUCGACAUCAAGUCCUUCAACGAGCUCCGCCCCGGCAUGAUCCUGUGGAUCAUCAUCGACCUCGCCAUGAUCGCGUACCAGUACCACACGAUCGGGAGGGUCACCGAUAGCAUCUUGCUCGUCGUUGCGUUCCAUUCGUGGUAUGUCUUUGAUGCGCUUUACAAUGAGGUCAGUUCCGGCGUUUGGUCUGAGUCUGAGGAGAACGGUGUGCAAGACUAACUUGGGGUGGUACUACCUUCGUGGACAGGCGGCUAUUUUGACGACCAUGGUCAGUAGGCAGAGGUGGUCUGGUCCCAAUCGCAUACCUUCUCGCGACUGAAUUGUAUCCGGUCUGCUCUCGAACAGGACAUCACGACCGACGGCUUCGGCUUCAUGCUCUCCGUUGGCGACCUCCUUUGGGUCCCUUUCACCUACUCCACCUCGGCCCGCUACCUCGCCCUUCAUCCCAACGACUUGGGUCCGGUCAAGACGGUACUCAUCAUCGCGCUGCAGUUUUUGGGAUAUUGGAUCUUUAGGAGUUCGAAUAGCGAGAAGAACGAGUUCAGGAAGGGGAACAAUCCCAAGAGUGAGUGUACAAGCCCGGUGGGGUCCUUCGUGCAAAAGACUGAUGCCAUGCGGUCUGUCGUGGUCUGUGCACCAGACCUCAAAUUCCUGCAAACCGAAAGAGGGACCAAACUUCUCACCUCCGGAUGGUGGGGCCUAUCGCGUCACCCCAACUAGUACGUCACACACACCCUCUCACGCCUCCCAUCAACUAACCCACCCACUCCUCCCCUCCCACAGUAUGGGCGACUGGUUCAUGUCCUGGGCCUGGUCCCUCCCCACCGGAUUCUCCAGCCCCGUACCCUAUUACUACGUCAUCUUCUUCGCGAUCCUAUUAAUUCAUCGGGGUAUGAGGGACGAUGAGGCGUGCGCGCACAAGUAUAAGAAGGAUUGGGAGACGUAUAAAGGGAUUGUGAAGUGGAGGAUCAUCCCUUAUGUUUACUAG